CUCGUUAAGGCGAAGAGAGGAGCUCACGGGCAACAGAUAGUCAACGUUACUAUCCGCCUUACCUACCACUUCGUCUAUAAAUAAAGUAAUAAUAGACACGACAUUGUAGAAUACAUCGCGUAGAGUGAUACCGUGUAGAUAGUUUAUCAAAUAGUUAGAAGUGAAAAAUACAGUGUGGUAAAUUUUGAUGCUGCAAAUUGUACAUUAGAAGUUGUCAAGACAAACAUUGUCUACCGGAAGUUUUAUAGUUUCGAUAGCACUAUUUACAGUCAGAAUUCGGGCCUUAUCAUUUCUAGGAGUUAAUUUUAUGUGUACGGUGUUCUCUCUUGGUCUGAAGUGAUAAAAAAUGAGUCUAGAAAAGCCUGAAAAGAACGUGGACCUCGAUGAUGUUCUGCGCAAGUUUUCUGUGACACAGAAGUAUCAUGUCGUUUUUGGUCUUCUUCUAUUCAUUGCAUUUGCGUCGAAUUCUCUGACUGGAAGUCAGUUCGUAUUCGCUGCCGACUAUGUUCAAUACAAAUGCGAUAAUUCAAUUAAACCCUGUAACGAGAGUUCGUCAAACAAUGUCACAUUUGGCAAACAAUUUGACCAGCAGUGUUAUGAGAGGGUACCUCUAGAUAGAAAUUCGACUUGCGUGGAAAUUGACCAAUCAGAAGUGGUACCUUGUAAUAAGUGGAUCUAUGAAAACCCUAAAAGUUUUGUUGCAGAGUUCCAGUUGGCGUGUCAGGAAUGGAAAAGGACGUUAGUGGGAACGGUGCACAGUUUCGGGAACAUGGUCGGAUUGCUUCUAGUCGGACCCAUAUCGGACAGUAUAGGACGAAAAAAAGCAUUGAUAAUAACUGGCAUCCUUGGUGGAGUGUUGGGUGUAGUCAGAAGUUACGCCACCAACUAUUGGCUUUAUGAUGUACUACAGUUAUUGGAAACUGCUUUAGGAGAUGUGUGCUCUCCGGCUUUCAUGUUAGCUAUUGAAAUAGUACCAGCAAGAGAUCGAGCGAAAUUCUUCGUAGUAACAAAUUUGGGUUACCAAUUUGGGAGUUACAUACUCGUACUAUUAGCUUGGUUUUAUCCAAACUUUAGAUCAUUUUUACGAGUUCUGUAUGCACCUCUACUACUGUUUGUUCUCUACGGUUAUCUCAUAGAUGAAAGCCCAAGAUGGUUGCUCGCUAAAGGAAGAAAAAAAGAAGCAUUGGCUAUACUAGAAAACGCAGCUAAGACUAAUAACAUUGUUCUGGAAAAAUCUUUACUAGAAAACUUGACGUGCGAAACGGAAGAUAAAUCAGAAGAAAUAGGAUAUUUAACACUACUCAGAAGGACUUGUUCUUCUAAGAUCUUGUUACAAAGAUUUCUGAUUUGUGUAGUUUGGUGGUUUACUAGUACAUUUGUAUCAUAUGGAUUAACAGUAAACUCAGUGUUGUGGGGAGGCAACAAAUAUCUGAACUACGCAUUUAUAACAACAGUUGAAGUACCUGCCGUUUUUAUGAUGGGAUAUGUUAUGAAAAGAUACAAGAGGAAAAAGCCUUUAAUGAUUUCAUUUUCUUGUGCCGCUGUGUUUUUCCUCAUUCAACCUUUACUACCAUCUGACAUGACUUGGCUGUCCAUAGUGUUUUUCUUGCUGGGAAAAUUUAUGGCUUCAAUAUUUUUCAACAUAACAUACGUGUUUACGUCGGAAUUGUUUCCUACUCACACAAGAAACUCAAUGCAUGCUCUAUGCUCCUCCAUUGGAAGAAUCGGUUCAAUAUUGGCACCACAGACGCCGUUAUUGUUGUCCUACUGGGCCGGUCUUCCAGCUGUGCUGUUCGGUUCAGCAUCAGCCCUCGCGGCCAUCGUCACUAUAUUUGUCCCGGACACAGCGGACGACUCGCUACCUGACACCGUGCACGAAGCUGAAUUUGUCGGAAUGAACGAAGAUACGAGAAAAGAACAAGAAGUCAAAAUGAUUUAAAAAGUGAUUAAGUACAUAUUUAUGGCUCAAAAUAUUGUUCAACAAAGUUCGAGUUCUUGCUCGAAAACCUUAAAUUCUGGGCUGUGUAAUUGGCUCGAAAAUAACACU